AUGGAAAAGACUAAUUCAAGAGACUGUGAGAUAGUGGAGAAAGAGAAGAAGAAAUCCUAUGGGACUACAGUAGAAGAAGCACUUGUUAUGACUGGUUUCGGCAAGUACAACUUUGGUCUAUUAUUGGUAUGCAGUUGGAUCCUGCAGGCCAUGGGUAUGGACAUGUUCGGCACCAGUUUUGUGGUGGCCGCGGCGGUAUGUGACCUGGAACUGACUAUGCAGCAGCGAGCUUUACUUACUGCCAUGCCUUUAUUGGGUGUGGUAGCAGGUGCUCAACUGUGGGGAUACGUGUCAGACACGAAAGGUCGUAAACUGACUUUGAUGUUGUCUAUGUCCGUAGGCUUUGUAUUCGCAGCCCUCAGUAGCCUUGCACCCAACUGGCAGAUCAUGGCAGUGCUAAAACUCAUCUCGUCCACUUUUACCUCAGCAAGCAACUCGGGAGCCUACACACUGCUUGGUGAGAGUUGUUCGGCGCAAGCGCGUGGCAAAGCCUUGCUGCUAUGCACGUGUGCAUUAAUGUGCUCGCAAGCUACUGUAGCAGCUUAUGCCUACCCAAUCCUUCCUUUGGACUUCUCUUAUCGUAUCGAAUUUUUGAACAUUACGUAUCGGCCCUGGCGGUUGCUUGCCUUCGUUAUGGCGCUUCCCUGUGCUGCUACUGCUUGUUUGCUCCAGUUCUUCCACGAGAGUCCUAAGUUUCUUGCUUCUAAUGGCAGAUGUGAGGAAGCUUUAAAUAUACUUAAGAAAAUUUACGUGUGCAAUACUGGUCACAGUGCGGAAAGUUUUCCAUGUAAUAAAUUGGUAGAUGACUCAGAUAACCAGAGUACAAAUUAUCAAACUUCAUUCUUUACUUCAAUUUGGUACCAGACCGUUCCCUUGUUCAGGCAAGCUCACUUAAAGAAAACUCUUCAACUCUUCUACCUCGUAGCUAUCAUUUAUAUGACUGGCAGUGGCUUCAUCCUCUGGCUUCCAUAUAUCAUGAACAAUCUCUUCUCUGUGCUUGAGAAUGGCGGUGGUGAUGGCAUGAAUUUAUGUACCGUUAUCAGAUACCAAGUGCAAGACACCCUUUCUGUUAAAAAUGAUACUAAUAUUAAAAUCUGCGAUGAUACAAUCCAAGAAACUACUCUAUUCUCAGCUAUGACGUAUGGGGCCCUAGCUUGUUGCUCCAAUUUAGUCCUUUCCUUAACUUGUGGAACUCGAAAGAGACAGGCUAUGAUGUGUAUUCUGGCCAUAUCAGCUAUCGCUGGAAUACUCAUGAAUGUAGUGCCCGUGCCUCUUGCUGGUGGAAUAUUCUUUUUCUUCUUUUUGAUGUGUGCACUGUCAAUGGGAAUCCUGAGUGUUUUCUUCAUAGAAUUGUAUCCAACUUCGUUGAGGGGAAUGGUGUCCUGUCUAUCCAUUAUGUUGGGGCGCUUAUUCGCAUUUGGUGGUGUAAAUGUGAUUGGAGCCUUCAUUUCCACCAAUUGUGAGGCUACCUUUUACGUCUGGUCUUUCUUGUUACUUACUGCUAUAGGAGUAGCUUGGUUCUUACCUCGAGACAAGGAGCCCAAGAACUGA